AGCCCACCCACCUCACGUAAGCCGGGUUCAAUUACCCGGAUGCGGAAGUGCUUGCUCUUUUCUCUCUCGGGUGCUGCAGCCGAGAAGUUCAGCAUCUCGGUAACCGUCGCCAGAAGCCGUCGCCAUGCCUCGCAAAAUCGAAGAGAUCAAAGAUUUUCUAUUGACAGCCAGAAGGAAGGAUGCAAAAUCCGUCAAGAUCAAGAAGAACAAAGAUAACGUGAAGUUCAAGGUCCGUUGCAGCCGGUAUCUGUAUACGCUGGUCAUCACAGACAAGGAAAAGGCUGAAAAACUGAAGCAGUCUCUUCCACCAGGUUUGGCUGUGAAAGAGCUGAAAUGAACCAGUCAUGCUUGAAAUCUUGGCCGUGGAUUGUAAUAAAGGACUGAACUGUU